AUGGCAAGUCGCCAGCGUGGACCUGCCACCCGCUGGUGCUCCCCCGUGAGGUCAACCAUGCUUAACGCCGCCCGAGCCAAGCGAUGCACCAGCAGAAGCCUACCAGACAAGGUCGGAACGCAUUCGAAGAGAGUAGACACGGCACUACCAGGCAAGCACACGAGGCGGCUAUAUGAUCGUCUUUCAUGGGGAAAGGCGAACGUGCUUGCCCAACUCAGGGCAGGCAUGGCGAGACUAAAUAGUUACCUUCAUCGCAUUAGUGCGGCUCCAACUGAUCGAUGCUCAUGCGGGCAAGCGAGAGAGACGGUCGAACACUUUCUCUUUCGAUGUGCUAAAUGGACGGCGUUCCGAACGGAGAUGCUCCAGUGCACAGAAACUCACAGGAGCUCUGAACCUGGACGGUCCAGAAAGGGCACUCCAGUCAAAAGGAGAAGUCGUGAGACCACCUUCGACAGCGGGUAUGACAGUCCACAUGAGGACAGGUUCCUCUUGUCAGGGGCGCUUACAGCAGCGAAGAAGCACCGUUCGCAAAGAUUUCGAAGCCUUAGGUCCUCCGAGGAAGACUCGCCUCCUUCCCAGCACAGUAAACGGAGAUCGAAGUCUAGCUCACGACUAGACUUCAGAGACGAGUCAUCACCAGAGGAGGAAGUGACCGAGGAUCGCCAUCGCGGGUCGAGGCGAGGAGAAAAGUCAAACUCAGCCUCCCAAUCGAGGUCAACGUCAAGCCGCAGAGCGCGGGAUACUCAAUCUUCGGAGGAUGAAGAGGGUUCUGGACGCAACUCAGAGCAGUCACGAAGGAGGUCCCCCACGCCGAAGUCUGCUAUGAAACAGCCACGGCGGUCAAGAAGGGACGGUAGCUCUGUUCAUUUUGAGUAA